AAACUUUUCUAUACUCUCCUGUUGCUCCUGUUGACUCCUGUUUGCUCCUGUUUCACUUCCAUGAGAUCGUAGUAAAUUUGGUUAUACUAUUUUUCAAUUUUGACAACAAUCUGUGUUUGAACGUAAAUAUAAUAAGCUUUGCUUAGCAGAAAAGUUUAAAGUCAUGUCUUGUCCACCACUCGUUUCCAAUUACAAUACUCCAAGAAUACAGUGGUAUCAAACAGAUCUCACAGUUGUUAUUAGUAUCCAAUUAAUUGAUGUACGUGAUUACUAUCUCCGGAUCGAGGAUGAUCAUUUGCUUUUUAGUACAAUAAAAGACAACAAAAAGUACUAUCUCAUCUUGUACUUGUUUGGGUCAGUAAAAGCGGAAAAAACAGUACACAAGAAUAUUGACAGAGAAAUUAAAGUCUACCUUACAAAGACAGUAAAAUGGUAUCCGUGGUUAAGACUGACUCUCUCCGAUGAAAAGAAUCCCCUUAUAUCAUACGAUGUACAUCAUAUAUAUGAAACACAGCAGUCUCAAGAGAUUUUUGAAGAUGCCGGACAAAGUAGCAAACCUAAGUCUAAUUAUCGAAGUAUGAACAUUAUGCCUGUUGUACCAUCUAGUGAUGAAGAAGGUUUUAUAUCCGAAGAUGACGACGAUUUUUUUUGUGAAUGAUAAAGUCAGAUCUAAUACAUUAAUAAUAAAUAAAUCUAAUGAUACAUUUUUUAUUUUUAAAAAACAAAAAUUGAACUUUUUAAUUAUUCAAAUAUAAUAAUUGAAUUGUAUAUUUACAAAAACGCACUUUAUAGAGAAGACAUUUUAUAAAGAAGUAGAUUUUUCUAUUUAGAUAUGUUUUUUUAAUGGUUGUCAGUUUCUGAUAUAUCCUGUAUUACAAACUUUCGAUGA